UUAAGGGGCGGGGCCAUCGUUUUCCACGGAAGUCCGUGGGCUUGGAACGUUGUGUAUCAUGUUCGCUUCGCCCCGCGUUCUGCGGAGUGAGACUGUAGCAGAUCGGCCCGCAGCGGGGGCUCUGCCGCUCCCACCAGCCCCCGGGUGGUUUGGCUCCACGGCUGGGAAUCGCCGCUGUUCGUCACCCAGCUUUGCCUUCUGCUCCCCGGAGGGAAGCUGAGUAUGAAUGAAACUGACUCCGUGGAGGCAGGGAAACGCGCGAGAUGGGGAAAGUGAAGGGACGAGCGGUUUGGCUGUGAACGGAAUGCAGAGGCUCGCCUCUAGCAGAGCCUGGCUGUGGCCCUCUGCCUCUGUUGCCAGGCCGUGCCUGGUGGAGGUUGCGCUCUGACGUAAGAACAGAGACUCUUGACCUGAUUCUCGUUGGGGGGGUCUCUACUUACCCAUGGAGGGGAGCAAGUCAGCCCAAACCCCAGCCUCUGAUCCCAUAACAGCAGAUUGUGGAGCUGACAGGCACAGACUUGCCGAUGUUGUUUUUUUCUUUUUGCACUUUGGUGUAACAAACAAAACUGAACCUUGUAAAUCCAGUUUUUGAGCAUCAUCUUGGGUUUUUUAUUCUCCAGUUUUUCACCAACAUUGAAGCAAAACAGCAAAUGACAAAUGUUUGAUUUGGUUGCUGUUAUUCUCUAUCUAGGCUGCACUGCCCACCAAUAGAUACACAACUUUCUCUGUCAUUUUUGACCUCCAGGAUUAUGAUUGCCUGGGGCUGCACUGCUAGGAUUGGCCUUUUCAAUUUAAGGCCCCUUAAUGUAAGGAAAAACCUGGUUUGGAUAAGAUGGGGUAAUAAAUCUGGCAACUCCCCAUCUAGUGAUAAACACAGCUUGAUCAAAACGCAAGCCUUGGUUAAGACCACCUUAGUGUGCUGGGGGAUCACGAAGGUGUCUGUUGUGAGAUGCCAGGAAGUAUCAAACCAAUGUGCAUCCUUAUUCCCUGAACCUGCCAAAGACAAACAACCUUCAGCUGGAUUUUUCUGGCGUCUUGGCUUUGCCCUUCGCCUGGGACUCCGGGCUUGUGUUCUCUUGUUGAAGUUUGGCCCUUUGCUUCUGCUUUAUCCAGUGACCUACCUGUCUUCAGGUUUUGCAGCCCUCUGGCUCCAUCUCCUGCUGAAGGCCACAGAGUCCUCGGGUCCCACUUAUAUCAAGCUGGGCCAGUGGGCAUGCACCAGGAGAGAUCUCUUCUCUGAAAAGUUCUGCAUCAAGUUUUCCAAGCUUCAUGUCAAGGUGACACCUCAUCCCUGGGUUUACACCAAACACUUCCUCAGGAGAGCAUUUGGGGAAGACUGGAAGAGAGUCCUCAGGUUUAAAAGCAAGGAACCCAUUGGCUCAGGUUGUGUUGCCCAGGUAUAUAAAGCUUAUGCUGAUGCCACUACUAUUGAUGACCCCCAGUUCGAGGAACUAGUGAAGAACUCUGAAACAGAAUCUGCUUUUGAAGCCUGGGAAGUGUCUGGUCUUAGGGGCCUCUUCAGGUGGCCCUGGAAAGGGAAGGGUGGAGAGAGUUUGGAAGACAGUAGUGCAGACCAGUCACUUAAGGAUGAACGUUUCAAUGAAGGUAUUAAUAGAAAUGCUACCUCUGAGGAGCAAAUGUCUGGAUCUCCGCUAACUACAAACACAUCAUCUAUUGACAGUUUAGAUGCGAUGGACCAUCUUAUUCCAGUAGCCAUUAAAGUCCUGCAUCCUGGCCUAGUCCUCCAGGUCCAGAUAGAUCUGCUUCUGAUGAAGAUGGGCAGCAAGAUCAUUGGGCUCUUCCCGGGCCUCAAGUGGCUCAGUCUGGCUGAAAUAGUGGAGGAAUUUGAGAAGCUCAUGACUCAACAGCUUGACCUACGCUACGAAGCCAGAAACUUGGAGCGCUUCCAGAAAAAUUUCCUGGAUGUGGAUUUUGUGAAGUUCCCAACUCCACUUCGCCCCUUUGUAACGAGAAACAUCCUGGUGGAAACGUUUGAGGAGAGUCAGCCCAUAUCCCAGUAUCUGCACGUGGACAUAUCCUCAGAGCUCAGGAAGAGACUAGCCAAGAUGGGCAUAGACAUGCUCCUAAAGAUGGUGUUUGUUGAUAAUUUUGUCCAUGGUGACCUGCACCCUGGGAACAUCUUGGUCCAGGGCACCGCCCAUUUCAGCACUGGUCGCAAGGAUCAGACCUCCAUUGUGGACAUGUGUGACACGCUGAUCGUGGAAGUGCGGCCGUCCCCUUGCCCGCUCCGUCUGAUGCUGCUGGAUGCAGGGAUUGUGGCAGAGCUGCAGGGAGCUGACCUUCAGAACUUCAAGGCAGUCUUCACAGCUGUGGUACAGGGACAGCUUCAAGUGGCGAAUCUGCUCUCCAGUGUCUUUAAGUUACUGAUGACCCACAAGGUGAAGCUGGAGAGUAACUUCGCCUCAGUUGUCUUUGCCAUCAUGGUUUUGGAAGGGCUUGCCCGUUCGUUGGACCCCGAACUGGACAUCUUGGAGGCAGCUAAACCACUUCUCAUGAGAACCGCUGCUUCUCUCCUAGAGUAGCAGCAGCCACUGACGUUUGUCUUGCAUUGCUGGGCUCUUUGGCAGGACUGUCUGUGCUCCUUGGCAGCCGAUGGGGGAACAGCCUGAAGCUGGGGACAGGCCCUCACCUCUCAUCUCUGAUGAGAAGCAGUGGGCUAUUCCCCAUUAAACUGGGUAUCCGCCAUCACCACCUAGGCAGCAUCCAGGUGCCAAAGACCUUUCCAGCUGGCUUCAUGGUUCCCCAUCCUGCCUAUGAGAGAGAGCUGUUCUACGACAAUAAAGCCCUUUAAUUUGUAUCCAAGCUUGAGUAACAAGUAUUGACACUGAGCUCGGUGAGACUUGUUAGGAAUCAGGCCUCCUUAUUGAUUAGUCCCACUUUGCUGAAAGGCACUCAAACUGCAAUGAGAAGAGGUCAUACAAGUGGAUAGACAGAAAAGCCUUGGAAAUGCAAUUGCAAACAUCAGACAUUUUGCAGCUUGAAAUGGUGGAUGGGUUCUGACUCCCUUAGAGAGAACUUUGCUUUCAGCCUUAUGGGCCUUUUAGAAUUUUACACGUUCAUACAAUCUGGUGUUCUUUGUUUAUUGGGUUUGACAGGAUGUUGGGUUUUCCUUCAGCCUGACUGAAGUGACACUGUCAAGUCAGCUAGGUUCCCAAGAUUGCUAUAAUCUGAUGGGGGUAAGUCGUCUGGGUUAGAAACAUCUUUGAAAAAUGUUUAGAUCUUACCACUGUGGUCAGGAGUUUUAAUUUAAAACAAACAAACAAGACCUCUCUCUUGUGGAACAAAACCAUGUGUGAUCUCCCCCGUAGGCUAGCUCCUAAAAGCUAUUGUUGGAAUGGGCUUUAAAGAGCCAGACCAGUUUCAGUGUCAUUUCAGUCCCAGGGGAAGGGAUCAGUCAUUGUCAAAUCGGGCGGGCGGGGAAGGGGGGGUAUUAUUUUCAGGCUUUGAAGAAAUAGAAGCUAUACAUAUUUUUAAAAUAGUUGCUAAGCAUCUCUUUCUUUGGGGAGCUGGUGAUCUCCAGGUGUUCUGUUGCUGGAAGAAGAUUGCAUCCUAUUUAGUGUAGGGUCUGACACUGUGUACAAGCUCAGCAUGGUUUUCCUCAAGCACCAGCAAAUUAAAGAUGGAUCUUAGUGUGCAAGAGCAGAAGCGUUUGCUGAAGUCUGAGGAGCAGGGGCUCAAGCCUGCCCUUAACUUCAGUGGAUGCAGGAUCAGACCCUGUGCUGCUUAGUGUGAAUAGCAGUGAGACGAGAGUGCAGAGAAGACUCUGCUGUUCUGACUUUUGGAACAGCAAUGGAGACCUGGUCUGACCUUCCUAUAGCGACAGCAUUCAUUUGUCUUUAAACGCUACCCUUCCUAACGCCAUUUGAAUGUUACCCAUAAGCCUUUCCACAGAUUAAAUGUUACAAAAUGGCUUUUGUUUUGUUACUAUUUUCUUGAAAGAGUAAGCACUCUGGCGAAGGAUGUAAUUUAAAAUGCACCAUUUAUCAAUCCUCUCUUGGCUGACACAUUUUUGAGUAGUUGAUAUUGUAAGUACCUUUACAUGAAACACGAUUUUACACAAAAUCUGUUGGCUUAUGAACAUCUGAGUAAAAUAACUUUGGAAUAUCCAGCUGGGAGAAGCUGCUGAUUUUUAUCAGAUAUAACAUGCUGAACUGCAACUGAGGACAAGAUCAGAUGGCUCAUCAUACAUAGUUUCAGAGGCCUGUCAGUCCAUUUUUAUAUUGAAAUGUUUGGGGAUAUUUUUUCAUUCUUUCCCCCUGUCGAUCAAAAUUGUUAAAGUAACUGACUAUACUAACGACAUUGUCAUUGUAUUAGGCGUGAGUAAUCUGAUUAUGUGAAGGAACAAUAUUCACUACAUUGUUACUUUUCUGAGCCAUCCGGCAUGAGUGGUGAUGCCUUGGUACCCAGUGUGACCACAGAGGCCUGGUGCCACCUACACGAGUGAGUUAAAAGUUCUGGCUAUUAAAAUCAUCUGAAAAAUCAAACAUACUUUUCACUGUAUUAUUUAUCAAUAUCAUUUCUAUUUGUACCGCCGUAGUGCCCUGAGAUCCCAGUGAGGAGCAGGGUUCCCCUGUGUUCUUAAUCAUUUUGAACAAAAUCAACUAGUCAGUUUUUUCACUCUCAGGUUCUGAUGCGCUACCCCAGUGCUGUAGAAAUUUGAGUUAUAAACAAUAAAGGAGAUGAUUUGUUUUAAAG